AUGUACAAUAUUAGGGACUACGUAACAAAGAAGACAAAGUUCACUAGUAUAAAUAGACAAGAACAACAUGACUCUGUUAUUGACAUCAAGAAUAUGGCAGGGUCUCAAAUCCACAAGAAUGAAGUUUUCUUCUUUUUCUUCAUCCUUAUCUGCCACACCAUUGUUUCUGCUUGUCCAAAGCUUGGAUGGUCCCGGAAAGCGGCAACCGAGGCUGAAGGUGUGGCCAUUAUCUACUGCUCCGGCCACGGCCAAGCUUAUAUUGACGGCGACAUCGUUGACGGUAAACCAUCAUGCGAGUGCAACACUUGCUAUGGUGGUGAUGAUUGCUCUAUAUUCUUCUCUAAUUGUACAGCCAAUGCAGAGAGUGGAGAUCCACUAUUUCUGAAACCCUACUGGGAGAAGCACGCGGCGGACAGCGCGGUGGUGGUGGCCGGAUGGCACCGGAUGAGCUACUCAACCACCGGCAAGAACUACAUCACGACGGAACUGGAACGCCACAUUCGCAUGCUUCACCGCGCCGUUGGCAACGCAGUCACCGAUGAUAAGUUCAUCGUCUUCGGUGCCGGCUCUACUCAGCUUCUUUACGCCCUUGUCCACGCCCUCGCCGGCUCCCUCAACACCUCAUCUCCGGACAGUGUGGUCGCCUCCGUCCCUUACUACGCUCCAUACAGGGAGCAAACUGAGUACUUUGAUUCUAAACUGGCGGAGUGGAGAGGAGUGACAUCUGAAUGGGUGAAUGCAUCAAAGGGAUCAACAAACAACUUCAUAGAGUUUGUAACCUCACCCAACAACCCUGAUGGAGUGCUUAAAAAGGCUCUUCUCAAUGGUUCAUUAACCAUCAAUGAUCAUGCUUAUUAUUGGCCUCAUUUCACUGCCAUCUCAGAACCUGUUGAUGAGGAUGUCAUGCUUUUCACUACCUCCAAGCUCACAGGCCAUGCCGGUAGUAGGUUCGGAUGGGCAUUAAUAAAGGAUGAGAAUGUGUACAAUAGAACACUGAGAUAUAUGGAGCUAAACACUGAAGGUACAUCUAGAGAAACUCAACUAAGAAUGCUGAAGCUUUACAAGGUGAUACUGGCUAAACUAGGAGGAGGAAAAGGUGACAUCUUUACCUUUGGUUAUAAGACAAUGAGAAAGAGGUGGAUCAAACUCAACCAAGUUGUUUCUUUAUCUAAACUUUUUUCUCUUCAAAAGCUACCAACUUCUCAGUACUGCAACUACUUCAAUACCACCAGACAUCCAUCUCCAGCUUAUGGUUGGUUGAAGUGUGAGAUGGAAGAAGAUGAAGAUUGUGAUGCGGUGCUCAGGGCUGGAGGUAUUAGUGGGCGUUCAGGAACCAUCUAUUCAGAUGAUAAAAAGCAUGUUAGAGUUAGCUUGAUCAAGUCUCAGGAUGACUUUGAUCAGCUGAUUACCAAGUUGACUGCUCUUGUCACCCAUACAAAAACAACAGCCUAAAAUUAACAAGCAAUAUGUAUAUAUAUACAUUAUUUGUUUGACGAGUUAUGAUAUUUGUAUUAUUACAAUAAAGAGAGCUUCAAAGGGUGGAUUUUAUGUAUAUGAUCUCAUUAUUAUGGGAAGCUCGUCGUUGCUUUGGAAGUGUUGUA